UUCUGGUGCAGUUACUACAUUUUUCUUCAAGUGCUUCAAUAAUUCAAUAUGUGGAAGUUACUGGUGAAAAUCUUGAUCCUCUUUCUCCUUGUUAAAAGCGUCAGUGUCCAUCCAACUGAGCCAGAUUCUUCUCGCGAGGUCGAAAAGUCAGUUUUGAUCAUGAGCAGCACCUACACCCUGGAAAACAACACCCUAGACAGAGUUUUCUAUGAAUUAGUCAAAAAUGCUACUGGUUUGAAUUUAAAUAUCAGCGUUGUGAAGAAGAACUUGAAGGAGCCGCUUUACAUCAAACUGUCGCCGAAGAAAGAGGCGGAGGAUGAAUCCAAUUUCGUCGGAUGUGGCAUUAGGAUUGUUGACAUGAAAAAGCGUCGUUUGAUAUCUGCUGAAGUACUACUUUUCCUAUGCGGAAUAUUUCUCUUGCAAACAAUCCACAUGGCCGUUUUUGAUUUGGUUAUUCGCCUAGCCACAACACGUUUCAAGGAGCACAAGCGGUUCAGAUUCUACACCAAUUUGAUAACCUGGCUGAUAUUCCUCAUUUCAACUCUUAAUUUGUUGGCUGUUGUAUUAUUAUUCAAAGACUUUGAGGUAUAUAUGUGGGAAUGAGAAAACACUACAUUUCUUAAUUAAUAAGUGAAGUAGAAUACGUUUAUUGUUUUUGUGAGAGAUUAAAUAAGAGGUGGAUGAUGGUGUUGAUGGUCUUCAGAAAAAUAAUGGUGUUAAGGUGUAUAAUUGUAAAUCUCAAGAAGGAAAUAAUUUAUUAUUUUUAUUUCGAAAUGUUUAAUGGGGAAUGUUUCUCCUGACGAAAAUAAAGUAGUUUUCGUAAAAGAGCUCUAAAACAAACAACGCAUUUUAAACUUAUCAUUUCAACCUUUUUCUUCAAAAAAUUAUUUAAAU